AUGCUCGAUUGGAUCUCCAGUGAUAGUUUCAAUCUUGGCAUGCUCUACUUCAACCAGCCUGAUAGUGCUGGGCACAGGUUUGGACCCGAUUCUCAGGAGGUCAUGCAAGAAAUAGAACUUUGUAAUGCCGGUGUUGCUUAUCUCCUUCAAAGAAUCAAGGAGACACCUUCACUAAAUGGUAAAACAAACCUCAUCAUCACAUCGGAUCAUGGAAUGGCUCAGACUGAUGAAAAGAAUAAGAUAGUCGAUGUCUACAAUGUUAUAAAGGAUUUAGAAGUCAUUUUGGAUGAGUCACCUGCCACUCUUGGAAUUUGGCCCAAUGGUUCAACUACUGAAGAGAUAGUAAAUGCUAUUAAAUCUUUACAACAAGAAGAUCUCGGUUGGAUGUUCAAAACUGGCCCUUCAGACUACGACCACUUGUAUGGUAUGCAUGGAUAUGACAAUGAGUUUCCAGAAAUGAAUCCAUUUAUGGUGGCAUCUGGUCCUGAUAUUGAGCAGUUCACUGAGAGACAGUCCUUCUUCCAAAUCGACUUUUAUCCACUCGUCUGUGCCCUUUUGAAAUUGGACAAACCCAAUCGAAUAGAUGGCAAAAUUGACCGUGUCUUACGAUUCAUGAAAAACCCACCGAGUGAAGAAUUCUUGACUCAGUUCCGCAAAUACGCUGAUGGAACCUUCCAGCCCUAA